AUGGUACUGUCCAGGAAAAAGCACGUCCACUGGGCGCCCGUAGAGAGCAGGACCCUCGAGGAAGCUCUCUACGGGCCCAACGCCUUCGAUCCCAGUCGAUACCCGCGAAGCCCCGACGGAGUGGAAGAGCCCGCCGACCGGCACGCGACCAACCGACGAGACCUCACAUCAUGCAGGCUACGGACGAGCCAAGACGACGCUCAUUGCCAUCCUGCCCCAUCGGCCCCCCGCCCUCUCUCGGAACCGUGUUGGGUAUCAGAGGUGAAACCAUCCAUCAAACUGAAAGAUCUCUUGACCAUCGGUGACCGGGUAACUGCGCGUUUCGAGGCCCUCUUCCCAGGUGAUGCCUGCAACGAGAUUAUCCAGGAGCGAGAAGGAUACGUAAAAAUUGGGGUCGGUGCCUGUGGUGCCGUCUUCGCCGAGCCAGGGCAGCCGUACGCGUUCAAGCUGGCCAAGAACCAAGAUGGAUCGGACUUGUGGAACGACUACCGCAUGCACAAGAGGAUUGCACAGAGAUUCGCUCUCUAUGGUUCUACGCGGUUCCAGAUCCCGAGUUGCGGCUACUUUGUGCCCAAGACUGACACCUUAUUCUGGGAGCGGCAUAAACGCCUUGCUCUGGGGGCGAGGGAAACAUGCGACACGCCCUGCGCUGUGCUGGCCAUGGAGCGUAUCUCGCCUCUACCCAAGGUUACGCGGUUCGCCAUAGUCCAGAGGUUUUGCCGCAGAGAUAUUCGAGAGUUGGCCAUGUCCAGUAAAGCCAAUGAGGAUUGCUUGGUGAGACCCUAUCUGGGAUCAAUGCAUGGCAACGACAUCUGCUUUCUCUCACUGAGGAAUUUCAAACUGCAUCUCAAUCACAUGCGAGACUUGGAUAUCAACGCAACAGAUAUAGCUCGAAGGAUGGCAGAGGCUCUUGCAAUCAUGCACUGGUCCGCCCAGAUAGAUGCAAGAGACAUCGAGUUUGUUCUCGGGGGGUCGAGGCCGAGGGUCCGACUGGUUGCACCUGGACCUGCUCUUGUCGGAGAAUCUGCUGGCAUCGAGGAGCAGGCGUACACGGGCCCAUCUUCACGAGGGUUCCCCGACUUCCUGCAGCGUGUCACCGACCUGUGGGUGCUGGAUUUCAACCAAGUCCGGCCUAUCACCAUGAACUUGGCGGGCGUCCUCCAGGCGAUAGAGGCGUUUAGGAUGAACGAUCCGUAUUUCCCUAGGCCCCUGCAGGAGUCGCCAAUCCAGAAGCAAGUCUGGGAAGCAUUCGCCAAGCGAUACCUCGACACGUCUGCCUACAUCAUCGAAUUCGAAGGCCUUGGGAAUGGCAACAAGCUGGCGCAAUACCUGCCGCGGUGGUUCAUUAGCGGACUCACAGGCAAGGAGAGGGGGCGCCAGAGCGAGGAGAACAUGAGAAAACCAGGCCAUAAUCGGGGGAAACAAUAG